ACAACUAUCCAAUCACAGUUUAGAUGCAAACGUAUAGGCGGAAGUGGACCUAUUCGAGUGAAGGUUAUACUCAGCAGCAGUUUUUUGCCCAGUUCAUGGAUUAAAACUAAUAUUGACUCUGUUUUAAGAUGUAUUACCUGUGUUUUGGAGCCCAAGCAACCGUACUAGAGUGAAUAGAGCCUUACAGUUAAGGUAUGGCCGGUCUUUCCAAUUAUGCACUGCGCAUGUCUCGGUUGAGCGCCCAGAUCUUCGGAAAUGUUGUGCGUACCACAGACUCCAAAUCCAUGAAGGUGGUUGAGCUGUUCCGGGAGCCUCCCUUUGCCAAGAAGAAGGAUGUGUAUGACUGGUACCCACAACAUAAUGUUUACUACGCCAUGACCAAGAAGCUCAGGUUCAUGGGAUUAUUCAGGGACGAGCAUGAGGAUUUCAAGGAAGAGAUGCGUCGCCUGAGGAAGCUGCGAGGGAAAGGCGUACCAAAGAAGGGAGAGGGCAAGAGAGCAGCCAAGAAGAAAUGAGCCGCAACAUUCAUGACUAAAACAGGACUAUUAACACCGUUAUUUGUUUUUUGCUGUGACUACAUCAACAAGUUUGUUUCUGCUUAUGAAAAGGAAGAUGCUGACUACAGUAAAAAAUAAACUAUGAGUCCCUUUUGUAAAUGUUUUCUGCGGCAAAAAAAUUGUGGUGUUUGUUUUCCAUCCAUCCAUCUUCUGCUUAUCUGAGGUCGGGUCGCAGGGGCAGCAGCUUAGGCAGAGAGGCCCAGACUUCCCUCUCCCCAGCCACUUUGUCCAGCCGGGAGACAUAGUUUCCCCAAGCUGUCAUGGGUCUUCCUUGUGGCCUCCUACUGGUCAGAUGUGCCCUAAACACUGUCCUAGGAAGGCGUUCGGGGGAAUCGCCUCAUCUGGCUCCUCGAUGCGUAGGAGCUCCAUUACUUUGAGCUCCUCCCGAAUGAAUGGUUUGUUUUCACCAUACAAAUAUGUUUCAUGAAGAAAUAAUGCUGUACUUUACAUUUGUUUUUGUAAAUAUAAAACAUUCAUGGACAAAUAUUUUGUAUCAUUAAGUUCAAGUUUCAAGUUUAUUCACAAUACCAUAGAACAAUUUCAAUAGUAGUGAAUAUCAUUUAAAGAUAAUGGUAAGUGAAAAGGUCCCCCAAAUAAGCUAGAAGAAGC